AUGGCUGCAUUUGUUGUCGCUGGAAGCAUACCCUGGCACGAGGGCGAGAGGAAACUUCACACCUUAAUGCGAGUUCCCUACGAAGACAACCCUACAGUGUCUGGCCUCAGGCCUGGUGGAGGGUAUUUUGUGCAAACAACCCCUUUGAUAGCGAUAGGCACACUUGAUAAAGACGGAUUGCCAUGGACGACGGUGCUUGGUGGUCUUGCUGGCUUUGCAGGUGAAAUUGCGCCAUCCAUAGUCGCCCUUCGAAAUACGGUUGAUAAGGCAUAUGAUCCCGUCUUGGAGGCACUGCUGAACGGUAAAUGUGACGGCGAGUUGGUUAAAUUUGAUGAUGCCGGAGGGCUCAUGGCCGCCUUACCAAUUGAUCUCGAGAACAGACGACGAUUGAAAUUGAUGGGGCGGAUGGUCGUGGCCUGCCUGAAUAGGAUAGAUCAAGAAGGCAUUUCAGAAAAUGUUGGUGCAGCGCAACUUGUUUUCAAGGUAACAGAAAGCUUAGGGAACUGUCCUAAAUAUCUUAAUAAAAAGCAUAUUAUUCCAGCCCAACCAAACCCGAAAUUAAUUUCUGACUCUCCGCAACUAACAGAAGAUUCGAUUAACCUGCUUAAUAGGGUGGACACAUUAUUUAUAUCUACAUCCCAUAAUACAAAUUCUAUGGACACCAAUAUUCGAGGAGGGGCCCCUGGUUUCGUGCGGGUCAUAUCAAAUAAUCCAGAGGGCGCAGUCCUAGUUUACCCAGAAUACUCAGGAAAUCGUUUGUAUCAAUCUUUGGGUAAUCUAGAAACUACCCCACGUGCUGGUCUCGUGUUUCCAGAUUUUGAGAACGGCAACGUAUUAUAUACUACAGGAGUUACUGAGGUGCUUGUAGGCAAAAAUGCCGCAGCCCUUCUGCCUCGGUCCAACCUAGCCGUCAAGUUCACAUUGACUGCGGCAAGAUACGUUGAGACAGGCCUCUCGUUUCGUGGACGAAUUGGAGAACUCUCCCCAUACAACCCAUCCAUCCGCUAUCUUCUAACUGAAAAGGAGACACCAAGUGCCCGGCCGGUUGACAACGGUGGCACCGUGGCAACUCUUACCGGGAAGGAAAUCAUCACUUCUAGUAUCACUCGAUUCCGGUUCCAAGUAUCAGAAGCGUCAUUCCUCGAUAAGCUGUUACCCGGACAAUAUGCUACAUUUUCCUUUAGGGAUGAACUUGACAUGGGAUAUAGCCAUAUGAAAGAUGAUGACCCUACCAGCAUCAAUGACGAUUUCAUUCGAACCUUCACAGUAUCUUCACAUCCUGGACGCCAUCUAUCGAAAAACGAGCUCGAAAUAAUGGUGAGAAAACAUGGUCGAGUCACAAGUCACCUCUUUAGAUCCAGUGAGAGAUGCAGAUUAACCGUUCCCUUGGUUGGCCUCGGCGGGGAUUUUCAAUUACCGACAUACGCGGCGGAUGGGCGGCUCGUUCCAUUUAUCGCAGGCGGAAUAGGAAUCACACCCGUCAUCUCCCAAUUGCACACAAUCGAUAUUUCUCGAUUCCAGUUGUACUGGUCAAUAAAGGUCCAAGACAUUGCACUAGCUCAAGAUAUCUUUGCACAAUUCCCUGAUUUGGCGGGAUCAACGAUCCUGUAUAUCACCAGCUCGGCAGGGGACGCUGGAGAAAUAGAGAGUAUCUUAACCACCAUCACGGAAUUGGGCGCCAAAGUACAUAAACGGCGAUUAAGCGUCCAGGAUUUGAGGAUCGAUGAAGCGGAAAAAUGGUAUCUUUGUGCCGGUUCCGGGUUAAGAAGAGCUGCAUUGAAUUGGCUAAGUGGGAAAAAGGUCAUAUACGAGGACUUCGAGUAUUGA